CCACCCACCACUACCACCAACAACCACUACUACCACUGCCAGCUGCCUCCUUUAACAAGUAUCCCCUUAUCUGUCCUUUACUUGUGGCCAUUCCAACAGUUCAUAGUUUCUUAUCUCCACUAUCUCCACUAUCUCCACUCCUAUCCCUCUCCUCCCCACCUAUUUACCAUAUUAAUCCUUCUUCCUCUGGUCUACGUUCAUACAUCUUCUCAUAGCCUCUCCUGAGCUAAAGAACUAACCACCAGAAUCCAAACCCAAAUUAACCAACUUUGUAUUGAUUUUAGAUAUAAUUUACUAAGAGAUUAAUUCCCCGUCUGGUAGCAGCAUAAUUUUUGAGGGAUUGUGUUUUUAUAACCUCGUGUAAUUAGCAACCUUUGGAUCGCUGGGUUUAGUUGGUGAUAUCAACACAUAAAUAAGAAAGAAGGUAAAGGAAUAGUCACUUUUGUUUCCCUGUUUCCCCCUUUUUAUUGACAUUUUUUUUCCUCUUCUUUGACCUAUAGGGUAAAGUUGUCCUAUACAGUCCAUAACACUUGAGUUUUUUUCCUCUUUGGUUCACCUCCUCGCCACCCCUCUAUCUUCCCACUCAUCUCCCUCUCACCACCCUCUCACCGCCCUCUCACCGCCCUCUCCCCACCCUCUCAACGCUUUCCCUUCCUUGUCAUAUACAUUUACACAUCUUCCCUCCCUUGUUGUCAUAUACAUUUUGUGCUCCUUUCGUGUUGUAGUAACGUACAUCAGUUCACCUCACCUUUUGCAGUAAUGUUCAUUCAUUAGCUUCACUCUUGUAAUCAUAUACAUUUAAUUGUCUCCCUUAAUGAGGUAAUAAACAGUCUUUAGGAGCCUCCCUUAGUGUGAUUGGGGCCAAACAAUCAUCCUUCGCUAGUUUUGGCCACAAGACUUGGGUGGCCGUUCUUUUGUCCUGGUCCCACACUCUUAGCUCUCCUUCCUUAGCCCUGGACAUGCGCCAUUGGUAAUCCUAACCCUUGCUUUGGCCACACGUGAUUGAUUAUUCUUUUUAGUUUGGCCACUCAUACACUAGGCCAUACUUCCCUUGACUUGGUCAUACGUGAUUGAUUAUUCUUUUUAGUUUGGCCACUCAUACACUAGGCCAUUCUUCCCUUGACUUGGCCACUAACACUAGGUCACCCUUUCCUCGCCUUGGCCACUUACACUUGGCCACUCUCACAAGGCCAUCCUUCUCUGCCGUGACCGGGUCCAAGACGGAAGUAGUGAUGGAGACGGCAGGAGGAGACUGGAGGGACGGCUUAGCGGUCGAGGCCCUCACCGUCCUUACCGCCCUCGUCAACGUUUCCAGCGUCAACCUCAACAACUACAGCGACUACUUCAACCUCGACUAUUUAGACUACAACACCACCCUCGACGAGCCCUUUAACGCGACCACCAAUACCAGCGUCACGCCCCCGUCCUCGGAUUACUGCAGCACGACGGGGUGGGACCACUUCCGGCAGAGCUACCAGGCAGUGCACGGCUGCAUGUCCCUGGCAGUGUGUGUGUUUGGUUCCGUGGCCAACGUGAUCAACAUGGUGGUGCUGACGAGGCGUUCCAUGGUGUCGCCCACCAACGCUAUCCUGACGGGGCUGGCAGUAACGGACCUGCUGGUGAUGGUGGAGUACAUCCCCUACACCAUGCACCAGUACGUGUGGCAGGGCCGCCCCCUCACCUCGCAGUACUCCUGGGGCUGGGCCGUCUUCGUCCUGUUCCACGCGCACUUCGCCCAGGUCUUCCACACCAUUUCCAUCUGGCUCACCGUCACUCUGGCUGUCUGGCGCUACAUCGCCAUUGCCUUCCCCCAGAAUAACACCACCUGGUGCUCCAUGAGACGCACACACACCGUCAGUAUCGCCGCCUUCUUCUGCUCCGUGAUCUGCAACAUCCCCAACUACCUCACCUUCACCAUCAGCACCAUAGAACACAAAGGACACACACUUUACAUCGUAAAUGUUAGCCACUUGGCACUGGCUCAUGGCAUGCUCUUGCAUAGCAUCAAUUUCUGGAUCUAUGCGGUAAUACUGAAGCUACUACCAUGCGGCGCACUCACUGGCUUAUCUUACGCACUCAUCCGGGAGCUACUUCGGGCCGCUAGACGCCGCGCACAGCUCAUGAAAAACGCAGCAGGUCGUGGUGCUGAUGCUGAACGACAAGCCGACAGGGUCACUAAAAUGUUGCUAGCGAUACUCGUGCUGUUUCUUGCCUCUGAAGUCCCUCAAGGCAUCCUCGGCCUCCUCACCGUCAUCCCAGACUCCGGGUUCUUCCCCUGCUACCAGAAACUCGGGGAGAUCAUGGACAUGUUGGUCCUCUUUAACAGUGCCAUCAACUUCCUGCUGUACUGUGCCAUGAGCCAGCAAUUUAGAGACACCUUCAGUGAGCUGUUCAAGCCCUGCUGUAUGCCCGUGCUGGGUAUCCGCAAGCCGCGGCUACCCUCAAGCUGGAAGACGAUGUCCUCGGCCGACCCAGGCACGGAGAGCAACAACACCUGCAUCACACAUGUCUGAAGACCUCUAGUGGAACACACCAGAGUUUGGUGAUCUCUGUCCCUCCCUUUUGGUUCAUAAAUAAAUGUAAGCAUUAUACGUGUCUGGCAGAUAUAUAUAAACUGUAUGGAGGCCACUUAGUGAAGCAAUGAUGUCUGUGUCAAACACACACACCAAGAGGAAGAAAAUAUACACCUUUCAUCGCUUUGAUCUAACCUAAGACAUUUAUUACACAAUUUGAAGUUAUUUUUAAAGUAACGAUUAUGAUAAUAAAUCUGCUGCUGAAAACGGGACUAAUAUUAAGAAACUGUUGCGGCAAUACAUACACUUUGUUGCCUAAAAUGAAUAAUAUUUUAAGUCUUUCUCACGCGUGCACACAUGUUGACUGCAACACAUAAGAUGUUCUCAGAUGAGUAAAAAAUGUUUAGUGUCAAAGUUGUGAUAUGUAAUAGGUGGAUCUAUGUUGUGUGUGUAAUAUUGUGCAAGAACGUAAGUAAGCUUUCAUGUUGAACAUUAAUGAACAUGAGUUUUGAACAGUUUGUCAGUGAUGAGUGAACAGCAUCGGUGAUGAAUUCAGUCGAACAAAACUGAAUAUUCAUAUUGAACGAGAAUUAUUAAUAUAUACAACAACAGUUAAAAUCAAUAUGAAUGCGAGUAAACAUCCAUUUUUAAACUAAACUGAACAUUCAAACUGAACAUGAUAAAACCAUUAAGCUAAGUACAAGUAAACAGUCAAGUUGAACACGACUGAACAGCCAAUUGAACACGAGUGAACAGUGAAGCUGAACAACGUUACCGUAUCUCCCCGUGUCAUCUUCUCUCCAACUCCCGUAUUUAAGAAAAAAAUCUAUCCAAAUUAUAAAGAAAAAACAAGUUAAAUGCUGAACAAAUUGUCUGACAAACAAACUAUUAAUUACGACUAAUCUCUUGCCCAAAGUUUGCUCAGCGUCAAUUUCUAUUACUUGUGUCAGGAACUGUAAUGAAAUGCUUGUUGAGUUUUAUCUUUGUGUACAAUGAUGGCAGACCACAUGUAAAUAUAAACUAAUAACCUAGACAUUACAAUAUACAGUUUAGUGAAAGUAAAUUAGGAUCUCGUUUACUUAUAAAUAAAUGAUUUAUAGAGAGCAGGUUAUUAAUCCAUACAAGAUGUGAUAACUCAACUGGUAUGUUUCCUUGGCAGAUUAAACCUUGUAAAGACAGCCAAUUCGAUCUCACGCCCAGGUAAUGUUAGAGGUGCCAUGGUAUCUAUGUCAUGUAUAGAGUCAUGUUGUCUGAGAGUUGCCACAGAAUACACAGGUCAUGCAGAGACACUAGACAUAGGAGGACACUAAUUUACUGAUAGAUUAAAUGAUGUUUUAGAGAUAUGUUAACAUUAAUACACCUAGAUUUUGGUAAUAAGGACAGAUUUUAGUAAUAGGGACAGAUUUUAGCAAUGCGGACAGCUCUUAGUAUGGACAGAAUAUAGUAAUACUGACAGAAUUUAGCUAUACCCUGUACUAACCUAUGUUUCUGAUAUAUAUAUACAAUUAUAUUUAUUACUUACCGAUUAUAUUGAUACAUAUGUGUUUUACGAUACAUAAAAUGUUUAGUAAUGCAAUAGUAAAAAAUCACACCACGUUCCUUACUGCUGCAUAAACAUGAGAGUGACCCAAACAACAUUUCAAUGACGUAUGAACCUGUGAAUAUGAGGAGGAAAUAGAGUGUAAAUUAAACGACCCGGAACAACAUUUCUCCUAUGUCAGUCUGAUUUAGGCCCCCAAAAGGUCUUGUUAAUAUUUACCAAGAGUACAAUAACAUAUUCUUCAAAUGAGUAUUUUAUUAUCUAUGUAAAAAGUAAAAGUUUAUUUUGUACAUAAAAGCUGUAAUGAUAAUAAUAUAUAUAUGGAAAAAUAUUAAAAGUAUUAUCAGUUUAUUGCAAGUUUGUAUAUGUAAUAUGUUUACAAUAUGUCAUCACUAAAUGUUUAAUAUGUGUUAAUGUUAUGCGUUCUUAGAUAUGUUUACGUCAGGUGUUAAUGUCAUUCACGUAUUUAUGUCAUAGUCAGUCACAUGUUUUCAAUGUUUGCUGGAUAGAUUCACUUCAAUUCAGCUUCAGAAAUCUUUAGGUCGCCGAUGUAGCAGUUAAUUAGUCUCGAUUACUACAUAAACAGCUGAAUUACCAUAUAUAUAUAGAGUUUAUGUCGUCUGGCUGAUCGUUACUUCACUACAUACAAACCUUAACAAUUAUUUAUAUACGUCGUUUUACUGUUAAGAUAUUAUUAAGAUUGCUAUAAUUUCUAAACUGUUAAAAGUAAUUAUAGGUAAUAUAUGAUUAGACGUAUUCUACACAAUUAAAUUUUUGUAGGUCAUUUA